AUGAAUAAUGCUCCCAAGGACGAAGCAAAGCCUGUGAAAACUGUUUCGGUAUAUACCCAAACGACAAAAUCACCUGAGGAGAUAAAACAAGCUCCAGUAGGUAGUGUCGAAUGUAUCGUCCAGCAAGUACCUUCCUACUAUCACCAAAGCUUUAUGGAAUUAUUUCCCAGUAUUCGUUGCGAAGUUGGCGAUUUAAAUGUUCUGACGUUAUGUCAAAGAAGUAAAUUGGAUUCAUCUGUAUAUUCAGAAGACAUGGCAUUAGAAAGAGAGCAAUUAUUAAAGAAUUUUAUAUCUGCUUCCAUGGAAAUUGUCAGCAAGUUAAUAUCUGCUGGAUAUUGGGCUAACUUUAUCGAUCCUGCUUCAGGGCGAGCAUUUUUAGGUACGUAUUGCAAUAAUACAUUUUAUGAAACAGAUGAACGUUAUAGACAUCUUGGCUUCAAAAUUGAAGAUUUGGGUUGUUGUAAAGCGAUAAUUCAUCGUUUUUGGGGAACUAACGUCUUUGUUGGUUCAAUUUUUACCGAUGCUCCUAUUGAUUCACCUCUCUUAAAAAAUAUUUUUACUGAGGAUGUAUCUAAAAAUUAA